GGUCCCUGGUUUUCUUUGGAAGUCACCGAAAGUUGGGCUCCUUGGCCUUCGUCAAAGGCGACACGAAAAGAGUCAUAGCGGCCCUAGAGCUCCUAGCGACCUUGAUCGCGGUGCAGCUCUGGGUCCCUGAAAGUGACAGACGGCAGCUAUCAAUAGUGUCCAUGAGGGGCUUUACUCACAACAAGUCGAACGAGAGCCUCGUCAGGAAAGGCAUGACGACAAAAUUCCCAUCAACAUUAAUCCUCAUGGAACUGACUGAGGAGCUCGCCAGCAAGAACAGUCAACUGGAGCUAAGUUGGCUGAGGAGAGAUCAUAACCAAUUGGCAGAUGAUCUUACGAAUGAGAAAUUCGACGUGUUCGACAGCGCCUUCAGAAUCCCCCUGAAGGGGGAGGAGCUGGAGUGGAAGGUGCUAGAUAAGCUUCUUCGACACUCCGACAGUUUCUACAAGGAAGUGAAGGCACGGAAG